GAGAGAGAGAGAGAGAGAGAGAGAGCUUGUGCUCUCAUUAGUAAACGCUGUUUCUCCCUCGCGCACCUCCUCAGCAGUAGCCGAGCGCGCGUGCUGUAUUCGUGCCUAAGCAGCGUGACAUCACUGAAGUAUAAAGGAGACAGAAAGAAGAAACAAUGUUCGGGUUGCUGUUUAAAGCCAUCUGUAGAUCGAAGAAAGGACUUAUCCUUUUUUGCAGUCCGUUUCUUCUCCUACCCCUGCCCCUGGUCAUCGGAACCACGGAAGCUCGUUGUGCCUUUGUUAUCGGGCUGACGGCAGUGUAUUGGUGUACCGAGGUGCUGCCUUUGGCUAUUACGGCUCUCUUACCGGUUGUGCUCUUUCCUCUGUUUGGUAUCAUGACCUCUAAGGAUGUUUGCAUGCAGUACCUGAAGGACACAAACAUGCUGUUUUUGGGUGGUCUGAUGGUAGCCGUCGCUGUGGAGGACUGGAAUUUGCACAAACGAAUUGCACUGCGAUUUUUGCUCAGCGUCGGGGUGCGACCUGCCCUGCUGAUGUUAGGUUUCAUGAGCGUGACAGCGUUCCUCUCAAUGUGGAUCAGCAACACUGCCACUACGGCCAUGAUGGUGCCCAUAGUGCAGGCGGUGCUGAAGCAACUCAACACAGCGGGAGAAGACGAAGAAGCAGGAGCUCCUUCAGAACAUGAGGAAAACCUGCCUAAUAUACAGGCUAAUGGUCAGGUGCUUGUGAAUGGCCUCAGCUUUUCCACACAAAACACAACAGAACAGUGUAAUGAAUCCAAAGAGAUGAUGAAAAUGUGUAAGGGCAUGAUGCUGAGUGUGUGUUAUGCUGCUAGCAUUGGUGGAACUGCUACACUAACAGGCACUGGGCCCAAUCUGGUCCUCACAGGACAAAUGAACCAACUCUUCCCAGACAACCCAGAUGUUGUAAACUUUGCCUCCUGGUUUGGGUUCGCCUUCCCUAACAUGAUUAUUAUGCUCUUGGCAGCCUGGCUGUGGUUACAGAUUGUGUUCCUGGGCUGCAAUUUCAGAAAAACGUGGGGCUGCGGCACAGCGAGGACGGAGAAAGAGAUCGCUGCGUAUAACGUGAUCUGCGAGGAGUAUCGUAGACUUGGGCCCAUGUCCUUUGGAGAAAUAAGCGUUUUAACACUCUUGGGCCUGCUGGUGGUUCUAUGGUUCAGUCGCGACCCAGGUUAUGUGGACGGCUGGGCAACACUCCUUUUCAACGCUGAUAAAGAGUACGUGACAGACGCCACAGUGGCGAUGUUUGUCGCCGCUCUUCUCUUCGUGCUUCCCGCUAAGCCACCCUGCCCGUUCCCUUGGAGGACACAGAGCUUCGGUACAGAUCCUCAGUCCAACAGUGAACCCCGGACCACUUUACUGUCCUGGCCGGUUGUGCAAAAGAAGAUGCCGUGGGGUAUAAUCUUACUACUCGGAGGAGGUUUUGCUCUAGCUAAGGGCAGUGAGGAAUCAGGUUUAUCCAGAUGGCUCGGGGAACAGAUGACUCCACUCCAGACCAUUCCUCCGUAUGCUAUCGUUAUUAUCGUGUGCCUGAUGAUCGCCACCUUUACAGAAUGCAUCAGCAACGUAGCCACGGCAACCCUGUUUCUCCCGAUCAUCGCCUCUAUGUCCCAGUUUAUAGGUAUGAACCCGCUGUAUGUGAUGAUUCCCUGCACCCUCAGUGCCUCCUUCGCCUUCAUGCUCCCAGUGGCGACUCCACCGAAUGCCAUCGUUUUCUCUUACGGGUAUCUGAAAGUAUCUGACAUGGCCAAAACAGGGAUUGUCAUGAACAUCAUUGGGAUCCUGUCCAUCACUCUGGCCAUCAACAGCUGGGGAAGAGCCUUGUUCAGUUUAGACACAUUUCCCAGUUGGGCGAACACCACAGCGGUCUGAAGGUUGAACUCCGUCGUGUACCUUGCUGAGAAGAUGACGAUGACGGUUUCUCUUCGGGACGCCUCGAGGCACUUAUACUACUUGACAGUUUGUCAAAAACGACUGUAAUAAACAAAUAGUUUAUUUGUAUUGUACAAUAUGUAGAUUUUGUUUAACUUUAUAAAUCUUAUUCAGUUCAGACCUAAACGUCUGGAAUCAGAUUUGUGUAAGAAUUCUUUAUUUUGUUAUGAAGUCAAACACUUUAUUUGAAGUUAUUAUGUUUAUCUGGAUACAUGUAAAGGGUGUUAUAAUACUACUCAUAUUGUUAGAAACAUGGCACAGAAUCACAUUUUAACAAGUGAACAUAAUUAAAGUUACUGAGUUUUUCCUGUUUGGAGAUUAGAGUUAACAGAGUAUUUAAUGAGUGUUAAACUUAUUUCUGUACAUUUUUAAUAAAUCUCAAGCUUUAAAUACA